CGUUCCUGUCUUACUGCAGAGUACUACAGUGUACUGCAGAAUACUACGGUGUCCCUCAGGUUGACCAAACUGACCAUGACGGUCAGUCCAGUUUCUUCCCUUCUUUUGAAGGUUUCACAUGUCUAUCUCCAGACCCGGCUCAGUGGUCUGGUACCGGUCCGAGAGAGGAUGCUGAAGCUGGUCAGGCUACUGCUGUGGCAGCUGGCUGUCAGAGCAACAUGUCACCUUGUUGUAGCAGGUCUGUGUCGGGGCGGCUCAGACAUUUUCGCCUCGGUCAGAGAAAACAGUCCGAAGGGUCAUUUCAUCUCCAACAUCAGCAUCCGUGCUGAUCCAGGAGCUCAUCCCGUCCGCCUGUGUCUGACAGGCAGGAAUGCUGACUGGUUCUACUUGGAGGGUCGGUCCAUCAGACUCAACUCCUCUGCAUCCCGGGUCCUGGACCGAGAGGUUAUUGGAUCUAUUCUGAAGGCAGAGCUCACCUGUUAUGAAGAUGAUGUCAUCCAGAGUCAAAACCGAAUACUUGUGGAGAUCCUGAAUGUAAACGACAACAAACCCAGAUUCCUGCAGGAAAGCAUCCAGAAGCUGAGCAUCAGUGAGCUGGCUGCCGUGGACUCUGUUGUUUUCUCUGUGAAGGCCGUGGAUGCAGACGGAGAUGAAAUCCACUACAACAUCGACCGGUCAUCGGCGGACACGUGGUUCUUCAGGAUCGAAGUGCCAAACUCUGGAGAAGUGGUUCUGAGCAAACCUCUGGACUACGAGAGCAGAACCCGCCUGCAGCUCGUCAUGUGGGCCGAGGAAUCGAACACCAAGGAGAAGUUCAACGUGUCGGCCAUCCUCACCGUACACAUCCAGGACGGAGAUGACCAGUACCCUCACUUCCUGCCCUGCACGCUGGUGUCUCUAAGCGUUCCCGUUUGCAUGAACCCCGUCUACACGGCAAACAUCUCCCAGAAACAUCAGUUUCAGGACCAGGUUCUGGAGUUUUCUCCGGGUCCAAUAAAAGCACAAGACGGGGACAGAGGAAUCAACUGUCCUCUCACCUACUCCAUCCUCUCAGGUGACCAGGAGGGCAGGUUUGUGUUUAACAACAGGACAGGUGAGCUCAGGUUAACAAGAGGCGUGGAGAAACACCGUCUGCCCUCGACCACCAAACUCAACAUCAUGGUGUCCCAGGUAGAUGAUCCUCUGAAAUACAGCAUGGCAACAGUUCUGGUCAGAGUUCUGGGUGAGAACAUGUUCCCCCCGGUCUUCAACAGAACCACCUUUAAAGGAUUCAUCAUCCAGAACUCUAGCCCCGCCUCCAUCGUCUCCACAUAUGGGAACCAGGUGUUACAGGUUCAGGCAUCCGACCCCGACUUCUCUGACGUAAACCCCCAGCUGCUCUCCUUCUUUUGUUCUUACGCCACACAGAACUCAUCUGUGCUUCCAUGACAGGGACUGAACCCAAACAUCCGCUACUUCCUUCUGCCUCCAUCCGGACUGUACCAGGUCACCCAGGAGGGGGUUCUGAUCGGCAGAACUGACCAGCUGCGAGCCUUCGACAGACACGUUCUGCAGGUCGUGGCCAGAGAUGAAGAAUCUGG